AAGCGACAGAGAUAGAGACACACACGAAUCGAAGUCUCUUCAUCGCCCAUAAAAGUAAAGGUCCAUUAUCAUAUUUUCCACAAAAUUCACACCAACUCAUCAUUCUUGCUCCCAAUUUAUCCCCCCGUCAUUUCGAUGGUCUAACCUUAAACCCCUCCCGUAAUAUAUACUCCCCUAAUUCGCCGGAAAGGACUUAAGAUGGCUUCUCCGGAAACUCCGGAGUCGAUCUUUCUGGAAGAUUUCGGACAAAAGGUUGACCUGACCCGUCGAAUAAGGGAGGUGCUGUUGAACUAUCCGGAGGGGACCACGGUGCUCAAGGAACUCAUUCAGAACGCUGACGAUGCCGGAGCUACAACUGUCCGCCUCUGCCUUGACCGCCGGCUCCACGGCUCUGACUCGCUCUUGUCUGACACCCUGGCGCAGUGGCAGGGCCCUGCACUCCUGGCUUACAAUGACGCCGUUUUCACUGAGGAUGAUUUCGUUAGUAUUUCCAGGAUCGGUGGGAGUGGUAAGCACGGGCAGGCGUGGAAGACCGGCCGAUUCGGGGUUGGGUUCAACUCGGUGUAUCAUUUGACUGAUCUGCCCUCAUUUGUGAGUGGCAAAUAUGUGGUAUUAUUUGAUCCUCAGGGUUUUUACCUUCCUAAGGUUUCUACAGCAAAUCCUGGAAAGCGAAUUGACUACAUUAGUUCGUCAGCCAUCUCACUAUAUAAAGACCAAUUCUUUCCAUAUUGUGCUUUUGGUUGUGACAUGAAAAUUCCUUUCACUGGAACUUUAUUCCGUUUCCCUUUGAGGAAUGCAGAUCAGGGAGUCAGAAGUAAGCUCUCGAGGCAGGCGUACUUGGAAGAUGACAUCUCUUCCAUGUUUGUUAAUCUUUAUGAGGAAGGAGUGUUCACACUACUCUUCCUCAAAAAUGUUAUGUCCAUCGAAAUGUAUGUGUGGGAUGUUGGAGAACCUGAGCCAAGGAAGCUUUAUUCGUGCUCCGUGAGUUCAGCCAACAGUGACACUGUGUGGCAUCGGCAGGCACUACUGAGGUUAUCAAAAUCAAUAAAUUUUACUAAUAACGAGAUGGAUGCCUUUUCAUUGGACUUUUUGAGUGAAGCCACAAUUGGAACCCAAUCUGAGAACAGGGUAGAUAGUUUUUAUAUAGUGCAAACAAUGGCUUCGGCAUCCAGUAGGAUUGGUUCUUUUGCUGCUACCGCAUCCAAAGAGUAUGAUAUUAACUUGUUGCCAUGGGCAUCAGUUGCAGCAUGCACAUCAGAUGAUUCAUCAAAUAAUGAUGUUCUUAAGCUUGGUCGGGCAUUCUGUUUCCUUCCACUGCCUGUAAGAACUGGAUUGACUGUCCAAGUUAAUGGGUACUUUGAGGUGUCAUCAAACCGUCGUGGCAUUUGGUAUGGGGCUGACAUGGAUAGAAGUGGAAAAAUUCGUUCUAUCUGGAACAGGCUUCUUUUAGAAGAUGUUGUGGCUCCUACAUUUACACAAUUGCUACUUGGCUUGCAAGGGUUGCUAGGUCCUACAAAUAUGUACUAUUCCUUAUGGCCCAAUGGCUCUUUUGAAGAGCCGUGGAACAUUUUGGUCAAGCAGAUAUACAGAAACAUUCGUAAUGCCCCUGUUUUGUAUUCAGAACUUGGAGGAGGAAAAUGGGUUUCACCAACUGAAGCUUUUCUUCAUGACGAGGAAUUUAGUAAAAGUAAGGAACUCAGUGAGGCUCUGGUGCAGCUAGGACUUCCUAUUGUACAUUUACCCAGUACUUUGUUUAAUAUGCUGCUUAAAGAUGCUUCUGAUUUUAAGCAGAAAGUGGUCACUCCUGAUAUAGUACGCCAUUUUCUUAGGGGAUGUAAAGCUCUUGUUUCAUUAAGUAAAUCCUCCAAGCUUGUACUGUUGGAAUACUGCCUUGAAGACGUGAUAGAUGCUGAAGCAAUUACACAUGCAUAUAAUCUGCCUUUGGUUCCUUUGGCAAAUGGUGAUUUCGGAUUAUUUUCGGAAGUUUCAAAAGGACUUUCUUAUUUUGUCUGCACAGAGUUAGAGUACAUGUUACUUCAACGUAUUUCUGAUAGAGUAAUUGAUCAUGAUAUACCUCUCAACGUGCUGAAUAGACUCUCUGGUAUUGCAAAGUCAUCAAGGUCAAAUCUUGUUUUUCUCAAUGUUCAUUAUUUCCUUCAGUUAUUCCCUAAGUUUGUACCUGCUGACUGGAAAUAUAAAAGUAAAGUUUUCUGGGACCCAGAGUCUUGUCGUGAUCAUCCGACUUCGUCAUGGUUUAUGUUACUGUGGCAAUAUCUUCAUAAUCAGUGUGAGAACUUAUUGUUGUUCGGUGAUUGGCCCAUCUUGCCAUCUACAUCUAGUCAUCUGUACAGAGUUUCCAGACAAUCUAAACUAAUCAACGCAGUAAAGCUUUCCAUUAAGAUGCAAAACAUACUUGUUUCGAUUGGAUGCAAGAUAUUAAACCCCAACUAUGGAGUUGAACACUCAGACUUAUGUCACUAUGUCUGUGAUGGUGAUGCUGCUGGUAUUUUGGACUCCAUUUAUGAUGUUGUCUCUUCAGAUGGUGGCAGCUUAGUGGAAACUCUUCAUAUUUUGGGAGCGGAAGAGAGGGAUGAGCUUCGUAAAUUUUUUCUUGAUCCAAAAUGGUAUAUUGGAGAUUGUAUGGAUGGUUCUAAAAUAAGAAAUUGCCAGAAGCUGCCUAUUUAUAGAGUCUAUGGUGGAGGAUCUGCUCAAGAAAUCCAAUUUUCUGAUCUAGAAAAUCCUCGAAAAUAUUUACCACCAUUAGAUGUCCCUGAAUACUUUUUGGGAGGCGAGUUCAUUAUUACCUCAUUGACUAGUGAAGAAGAGAUUCUGUUAAGGUAUUAUGGAAUUGAGAGAAUGGGGAAGGCAUCUUUCUACAGACAGCAGGUUUUCAAUAGAGUUGGGGAGUUAUUACCUGAAAUUCGUGACAGCAUCAUGCUCUCUGUUUUGCAAAACCUACCACAACUGUGUGUCGAGGACUCAUCUCUCAGGCAAUGCUUGAGAAGUUUGGAAUUUGUCCCAACCCCUAGUGGUGCUCUUAGGAGUCCUGAGAGACUCUAUGAUCCUCGUAACGAAGAAUUAUAUGCAUUACUAGAAGACUCUGAUGAUUUCCCUUAUGGUCCUUUCCAAGAAUCUGGAAUUUUGGACAUGCUACAAGGUUUGGGCCUGAGAACAUCUGUAUCUCCUGAGACAGUUAUACAAAGUGCUCGACAGGUAGAACGAUUAAUGCACGAGGAUCAACAAAAAGCAUAUUCAAGAGCCAAAAUACUUCUUUCCUACUUAGAAGUUAAUGCUAUAAAGUGGCUACCAACUCUACCAAAUGAUGAUCAAGGAACAGUGAAUCGAAUAUUCUUACGAGCUGCAACUUCAUUUCGACCUCGCAACCUUAAAUCUGACCUUGAUAAGUUCUGGAAUGAUCUCCGGAUGAUCUGCUGGUGUCCAGUUUUAGUUUCUUCUCCUUUCCGAACGUUGCCGUGGCCUGUUGUGUCAUCCAUGGUUGCUCCUCCCAAGCUCGUAAGGUUGCAAACAGACUUGUGGCUUGUUUCUGCGAGCAUGCGAAUACUGGAUGGAGAAUGCUCGUCCACAGCUCUAUCCCAUGGCCUUUGUUGGUCUUCUCCACCAGGCGGAAGUGUGAUUGCUGCACAACUACUUGAGCUUGGAAAAAAUAAUGAGAUACUGAAUGAUCAGGUUCUUAGGCAGGAACUAGCCCUGUCAAUGCCGAGGAUGUACUCAAUUCUGACCAGCUUGAUUGGCUCAGAUGAGAUGGACAUUGUAAAGGCUGUUCUUGAAGGUUGUCGGUGGAUAUGGGUGGGAGAUGGAUUUGCAACCGCAGAUGAGGUGGUCCUUGAUGGUCCACUUCAUUUGGCUCCUUAUAUACGAGUUAUACCCGUUGAUUUAGCAGUUUUCAGGGAUUUAUUUUUAGAACUUGGCAUUCGAGAGUUCUUGAAGCCCACUGAUUAUGCUAAUAUUCUGUGUAGAAUGGCUGCGGAAAAGGGUUCCUCCCCUCUUGAUGCACCAGAAAUCAGGGCAGCCAUACUGAUUGUGCAGCAUCUGGCUGAAGCUCAUUUUGGUGACCAGCAAGUGAAGGUCUAUUUACCCGAUGUUUCGGGCAGACUAUUUCCUGUUGGUGACUUGGUUUAUAAUGAUGCUCCCUGGUUACUUGGCUCAGAAGAUUUUGAUAGUUCAUUUCAUGCUUCCUCAAACCUCACAUUGAAUGCGAAGAGAGCAGUUCAAAAAUUUGUACAUGGGAACAUAUCCAAUGAUGUUGCUGAGAAACUUGGUGUCUGCUCGCUCCGCAGAACCUUGCUUGCUGAGAGUGCUGAUUCGAUGAAUCUGAGUUUGUCUGGAGCUGCUGAAGCUUUUGGACAGCAUGAAGCCUUGACAACGAGGCUUAAACAUAUACUUGAAAUGUAUGCAGAUGGGCCUGGGAUUCUAUUUGAGCUGGUGCAAAAUGCAGAGGAUGCAGGAGCUUCUGAGGUGACCUUUCUUUUGGAUAAAACUCAGUAUGGGACUUCUUCUGUUCUCUCUCCUGAAAUGGCAGAUUGGCAAGGUCCUGCAUUGUACUGUUUUAAUGACUCUGUUUUCAGCCCUCAGGAUCUUUAUGCAAUCUCGCGCAUUGGUCAAGAAAGUAAACUAGAGAAGCCUUUUGCAAUUGGAAGAUUUGGGCUGGGUUUUAAUUGUGUCUAUCACUUUACAGAUAUUCCCACUUUUGUUUCAGGGGAACACAUCGUUAUGUUUGAUCCUCAUGCUUGUAAUCUGCCCGGGAUCUCUCCAUCGCACCCUGGCCUGCGUAUUAGAUAUGUUGGUAGAAGGAUCUUGGAGCAAUUUCCUGAUCAAUUUUCUCCAUACUUGCACUUUGGGUGUGAUUUGCAGCAUCCAUUUCCUGGAACCAUAUUCCGUUUCCCACUUAGGACCGAGACUGUUGCUUCUCGAAGCCAAAUAAAGAAAGAAGGAUAUGCACCUGAUGAUGUCCUUUCUCUUUUUGCUUCUUUCUCCGAGGUUGUGUCUGAUGCUCUGCUUUUCCUACGCAGUGUGAAAACUAUCUCUAUUUUUGUGAAGGAGGGACCUGGACAUCAAAUGCAGCUUAUACAUCGUGUGGACAGGCAUUGUAUCAGUGAACCAGAAUAUGAAUCCAAUGCACUACAGGAUAUGUUUAGCUUUAUUAAUGGAAACCAACAUAGUGGAAUGGAUAAGGAUCAGUUCCUGAAGAAACUGAGAAAAUCCAUAGAUGGUGGUCUGCCAUAUAAAUGUCAAAAGAUUAUUACUACUGAGCAUAGUACAUCUGGUGAUAUAUCACAUUGUUGGAUAACCACUGAAUGUAUAGGCACUGGGCAAGCUAAGAGCAACUCUGCUGCAUGUAACGACAAAUCUCAUAAUUUUGUCCCGUGGGCAUGUGUUGCUGCAUAUUUACAUUCUGUCAAGCUUGAUAAGAAAUUAAAUGACAUCCCAAAGACACAGGAUUCUUUUGUAAUUGGGCCCGAUUUAUUUCAGUUUCCUACAACUUCCACUCAAGAUAGGAAGGAUUUUGAAGGCCGUGCCUUCUGCUUUUUACCACUGCCAAUCAGCACCGGUCUUCCAGCACAUAUUAAUUCCUAUUUUGAGUUGUCGUCAAAUCGUAGAGACAUCUGGUUUGGUAACGACAUGGCCGGUGGUGGGAAAAAACGUUCAGACUGGAAUAUAUACAUACUUGAAGAUGUUGUUGCCCCUGCUUAUGCUCGUUUGCUUGAGAAAGUAUCAUUGGAGAUUGGCCCCUGUGAUUUAUUCUUUUCAUUAUGGCCUACAACAACAGGAUUAGAACCUUGGGCAUCAGUAGUACGAAAACUCUAUGUUUUUAUUGCUGAUUUUGGUCUUCGUGUAUUAUUUACAAAAGCUAGGGGGGGGCAGUGGAUUUCAACAAAGCAAUCUAUCUUUCCUGAUUUCACUUUCCACAAGGCACAUGAUCUUGUAGAAGCAUUAGCAGAUGCUGGUCUACCUCUUGUAAAUGUUUCCCAGCAACUUGUAGAGAGAUUCAUGGAGUUCUGCCCUUCACUGCAUUUCCUGACACCGCAGUUGUUAAGGACUUUGUUAAUUCGGAGAAAACGUGGAUUUAAGGACCGGAAUGCAAUGGUUUUGACCCUUGAAUAUUGCUUGAUUGACUUAAUAGUACCUGUUCAGUUUGAUAGUCUAUGUGGUUUGCCAUUGUUACCUCUUGCUGAUGGUUCAUUUGCAACAAUUGACAAAAAGGGUUUUGGCGAAAGAAUCUAUAUUGCACAGGGAGAUGAGUAUGGUCUUCUCAAGGAUUUAGUUCCACAUCAACUUGUAGAUUGUGGGAUCCCAGAAGAGGUUCAUCAAAAGAUAUGUGACAUAGCCCAUGGCGAGGACUCAAAUAUUUUUUUUCUGUCAUGCCAUUUGCUUGAGAAACUCUUCUUGAAGUUACUUCCAGCAGAGUGGCAGCUUGCAAAACAGGUGUCUUGGACUCCCGGUCAUCGAGGCCAUCCAAGUUUAGAAUGGAUAAGACUUCUGUGGUGCUAUCUGAAGUCAUCUUGUGAGAACCUUUCUGUGUUUUCUAAGUGGCCCAUUUUACCUGCCGGGAAUAAUUUUCUCCUGCAACUAGUCGAAAACUCGAAUGUAAUUAAAGAUGAUGGGUGGAGUGAGAACAUGUCCUCUUUGUUGCUGAAAGUAGGGUGUCUAUUUUUGAGGCGUGACCUACCAAUAGAUCAUCCACAGCUGGAAAACUUUGUGCAGCCACCAACAGCAACUGGUGUAUUAAAUGCAUUUCUGGCAAUUGCUGGUAAGCCAGAGAAUGUUGAGGGGCUUUUUCAUGAUGCAUCAGAAGGGGAGCUACAUGAACUUCGAAGUUUUAUUCUUCAGUCCAAAUGGUUCUCUGAAGAGAAAAUCGAAAACAUGCAUAUUGACAUCAUCAAACGCCUACCUAUAUUUGAGUCAUAUAGAAGUAGAAAGCCAGUGAGUUUGAGUAAACCUAUCAAAUGGCUUAAACCUGAUGGUGUACGUGAGGAUCUUUUGAAUGACGACUUUGUACGCAUGGAAUCAGAGAAAGAACGAAUUAUUUUAAAAAGGUAUUUGGAGAUUAAAGAACCCUCCAGGGUGGAACUCUACAAAGAUUAUGUGCUCAACCGCAUGCCAGAGUUUGUUUCACAGCAGGAAUCUCUUUUAGCCAUUCUACAUGAUGUGAAGCUUUUGAUUGAGGAAGAUAUUUCUAUCAAAUCUGCACUAGCCACAACACCUUUUGUUUUGGCAGCUAAUGGAUCUUGGCAACAACCAUGCAGGCUUUAUGAUCCUCGUGUUCCUGGGCUACGAGAGAUGUUGCACAGUGAAGUUUUCUUCCCUUCUGAUAGAUUCUCAGAUAUGGAAACUUUGGAAACUUUAGUAAGCCUUGGACUUAGAAGAACAAUAGGCUUUGCUGGUUUGCUUGAUUGUGCUAGGACGGUUUCUCUACUGCAAGAUGCUAGGGACUCAGAGACACAGAGUUAUGGGAGGAAGUUGCUUGUCUGUUUAGAUGCUCUGUCAUUAAAGCUCUCGACUGAUGGGGCUGGAAAUUGUGAUGAAUUGGAGGAUUCCAUCUUAUGUAAUGAAAAAAGUCUAGUGGACGGUAAUUCUACGCAUGUUGAUUCUUACAAGAGAGAAGAGAACCAUUGUAUAGAUGAUCUUGACACUAGUUUAUUUGUUGGCAUCAUGAUUGAGGAUAAACUGGAAGAAGAAUUUUGGUCUGAAAUUAAGACUAUUGCUUGGUGUCCUAUUUCUGCUGAUCCACCUUUACAGGGACUCCCAUGGUUAAAAUCUAGUAAUCAAGUAGCGGCCCCAAUCACAGUGAGACCUAAAACACAGAUGUGGAUGGUGUCGUGUUCAAUGCAUAUACUUGAUGGCGAAUGCUACUCAACACACCUGCAACAAAAGCUUGGUUGGAUGGAUUCCCCAACCAUAGAUGUUUUAUCCACACAGUUAAUUGAGCUGUCCAAGUUCUAUGGGCAGCUUAAGUUACAGUCUGUGGUGGAACCUGAAUUGGAUGCUGCUCUGCAAAAGGGAAUGCCAUCACUUUACUUGAGAUUGCAAGAAUAUAUUGGUUCUGAGGAUUUGAUGGUGCUAAAAUCAGCUUUAAGUGGUGUUUCCUGGGUUUGGAUUGGGGAUGAUUUUGUUUCUCCAACUGCACUUGCAUUUGAUUCUCCCGUGAAAUUCUCUCCUUAUUUGUAUGUUGUUCCAUCUGAAUUAUCGGCAUUUAGGGUUUUGCUUUUGGAAUUAGGUGUCAGACUUAGUUUUGAUGUUUGGGAUUAUUAUAGCGUACUACAGCGCUUGCAUAAUGAUGUGAAAGGGUCCCCACUGUCCACAGAUCAUUUAAGUUUUGUCCACUGUGUCCUUGAAGCUCUUGCAGACUGUUGCUCAGACAAACCGUUGUUUGGGGUAUCUGAGACUCCACUCUUAAUCCCUGAUUCUUCUGGAGUUCUGAUACGAGUGCAGGAUCUUGUGUACAAUGAUGCACCAUGGAUGGAAAACCAUACUCUUCGUGCGAAACAUUUUACACAUCCAACAAUCAGCAAUGAUCUGGCUAACAGGUUGGGCGUACAGUCGCUUCGCUGCCUCUCGUUGGUUGAUGAAGAAAUGACUAAAGAUUUACCAUGCAUGGAGCAUGGUAGAAUAAAUGAGCUUUUAGCAUUGUAUGGGAACAACGACUUCAUGUUGUUUGACCUUCUUGAGUUGGCAGAUUGCUGCAAGACCAAGAAGCUACACCUAAUCUUUGACAAGAGGGAGCAUCCUCGCCAAUCUUUGCUGCAGCACAAUCUAGGUGAAUUUCAAGGGCCUGCCCUAGUAGCCAUUUUGGAAGGGGUCAGCUUGAGUAGAGAGGAAGUAAGUAGCCUCCAGCUUCUCCCUCCAUGGAGAGUACGAGGCAAUACUCUUAAUUAUGGUUUGGGACUGCUUAGCUGUUAUUUUGUCUGCGACCUCCUUUCUGUUGUUUCUGGUGGCUAUUUCUACAUGUUUGAUCCUCAGGGUCUAGUGCUAGCUGUACCUUCAACUUGUGCUCCCACAGCAAAAAUGUUUUCACUGACAGGCACUAAUUUGACUCAGCGGUUUUGUGAUCAAUUUAUCCCCAUGAUGAUUGGUCAAAAUAUGUCAUGGUCAUCAUCAGAUGCUACCAUUAUCCGCAUGCCUCUGUCUUCUGAAUGCUCGAAAGAUGGACUGGAGAUUGGAUUAAAGAGAAUAAAACAGAUAACUGACAGAUUUUUGGAGCAUGCAUCUAGAACACUUCUUUUCUUGAAGUCAGUUGUACAGAUAUCAUUAUCAACAUGGGUGGAGGGAAAUCCACAGCCAUGCCUGCACUAUUCAGUGUGUGUUGAUUCAUCAUCUGCUCAUCUGAGAAAUCCUUUCUCGGAAAAGAAGUGGAGGAAGUUCCAAAUAUCAAGGCUUUUUGGUAGCUCGGGUGCGGCAAUAAAAUUGCAAGUGAUUGAUGUGAUAAUUUUACAAGGAGGGACUAGAUUUGUUGAUCGAUGGCUUGUUGUGCUUAGCCUCGGUUCUGGGCAAACGAGAAAUAUGGCACUUGAUAGGCGGUAUCUGGCAUACAACUUGACACCUGUUGCUGGCGUUGCAGCACAUAUUUCCCGAGAUGGCCAUCCAGCUGAUACUUAUUUAACAAGCUCAAUGAUGUCCCCUCUUCCUUUGUCUGGUGUGGCAGAUUUCCCUGUCACUGUUUUUGGAUGUUUCCUUGUGUGUCACAAUGGAGGUCGUUUCCUUUUCAAAUACCAAGACCAAGAAGCUUUGUUAGGAGUGCAGCCCGAUGCUGGAAAUCACUUAAUUGAAGCUUGGAACAGAGAACUGAUGUCAUGUGUUCGUGAUUCCUACAUUGAAAUGAUACUGGAAAUCCAAAAGUUGAGGAGAGAUCCUGUGAGUUCUUCAGUCGAGUCAAAUGCUGGUCAUGCAAUUAGUCUGUCUUUGAAGGCCUAUGGAGAUCGGAUUUAUUCCUUUUGGCCAAGGUCUAGCAAGCACACUUUGAUUGGUGAAACUAGCUAUGAAAAAGUUUCAGUUCCAACAGAAGUGCUUAAAGCAGAUUGGGAAUGCCUAGUAGAGCAGGUAAUAAAGCCUUUCUAUGCUCAUGUUAUACACCUUCCUGUGUGGCAGCUGUACUCAGGGAAUUUAGUUAAGGCUGAAGAGGGGAUGUUUCUCUCACAACCAGGGAAUGGGGUAGGUGGUAAUUUGCUUCCAGCUACAGUUUGCAGCUUUGUGAAAGAGCAUUAUCCGGUAUUUUCAGUACCAUGGGAGUUAGUGACUGAGAUCCAAGCCACGGGGGCUACAGUUCGUGAAAUUAAACCUAAAAUGGUUCGAGAUCUUCUCAGGGUUUCUUCAACAUCUAUUGUUCUUCGAUCAGUUGACACUUAUGUUGAUGUCCUUGAGUAUUGCAUGUCUGAUAUUCAGCUCCCAGGAUCGUCUAGUUCUAAUGAAGAUGAUGCGUCACUUAACCCCAUUAAUGCAAUUUCAACUUAUAGAGCAUCUAAUGUUGUGGGCAGUAGUUCUACUUCUAUUUCAGUCCCUUAUGUGCCUAGCUUUCCAGGGUUGUCUGCUGAGAGUGCAGCCAGCUCUGGAGAUGCUCUUGAAAUGAUGACAAGUUUGGGGAAGGCUAUAUUUGAUUUCGGUCGGGGAGUUGUUGAAGAUAUUGGUAGGACUGGAGGGCCGUUAGUUCAAAGGAAUAUAAUCGGUAGUAACAGUAGUUGGAGCAGUGGAAAUUUGGACCAGAAGAUUUUAUCAAUAGCUGCUGAGAUCAAAGGCUUACCAUGUCCAACUGCAACGAAUCAUCUCUCAAAGCUGGGGGUUACUGAAUUGUGGUAUGGAAACAAGGAGCAGCAGGCACUAAUGAGUCCCUUGGCCGCAAAGUUUGUCCAUUUCAAGAUAUUAGAUAGAUCAAUCUUGUCUGAUAUUUUUUCAAUUCCUUCUCUUCAGAAAUUGUUAAAGCUACGAAAUUUCUCUGUUCACUUACUGGCUAGUCAUAUGAGGCAACUUUUCCAUGCCAACUGGGUGAGUCAUGUAAUGGCUUCAAAUAUGGCUCCUUGGUUUUCUUGGGAGAAAACAUCAAGUUCUGGUGGUGAAGGUGGCCCUUCCCCUGAAUGGAUAAGACUCUUUUGGGAAAGUUUCAGUUGGCCACCAGAAGACCUCUCUCUAUUUUCUGAUUGGCCCCUAAUUCCCGCCUUUCUUGGUAGGCCAGUCCUAUGCCGUGUAAGGGAGCGUCAUUUGGUCUUCAUUCCACCCCCAAUUUCUGAUCCGACCACUGAAGAUGGUAUCUCGGAAAUGGGUGCUACAAGAAUAAGUCCAGCCGUCAUACCAAUGAAUCUGACUUCUGAGCCUGGAUUAGUUCAGUCCUAUGUUUUGGCUUUUGAAGUAGUAAGGACCAAAUACCCUUGUUUGUUGUCACUUUUGAACAACUGUAACAUACCCAUUUAUGAUGUAACUUUCAUGGACUGUGCUGCUCCAUGCAAUUGUCUUCCUAUUCCUCUUCAGUCUUUAGGGCAAGUUAUUGCUUCUAAGCUUGUUGCAGCUAAACAUGCUGGCUACUUUCCUGAAGUUGUGUCUCUUUCAACUUCAGAUCGAGAUGAACUUUUUACCUUUUUUGCCAUUGAUUUAUUUUCUUAUAGCUCUAAUUACAGAAUUGAAGAACGUGAAGUCUUACGUUCCCUUCCUAUAUAUAAAACGGUGGUGGGAUCAUACACACGCUUGCAUAGUGAAGAUCAAUGUAUGAUCUCUUCAGACUCAUUCCUUAAACCAUAUGAUGAGCGUUGCCUGUCUUAUUCAAAUUCAAUUGAGUGUUCAUUACUUAGAGCACUUGGAAUCUCUGAGUUGCAUGAUCGACAGAUUUUGAUCAGUUUUGGAUUGCCUGGGUUUGAGGAGAAAUCUCAGUCUGAACAGGAAGAUAUCUUAAUUUAUCUUUACACGAACUGGCAAGAUCUUCAGGUUGAUUCUUCUUUGGUUGACACUUUGAAGGACACUAAAUUUGUGAGGAAUGCUGAUGAGUUUUCCACAGAUCUGUUUAGAUCCAAGGAUCUGUUUGAUCCCACUGAUGCUUUACUAACAUCUGUUUUCUCUGGUGAGAGAAAAAAGUUUCCAGGAGAAAGGUUCAGUGCUGAUGGGUGGCUUCACAUUUUGAGGAAAAUAGGCCUUCGAACUGCAACUGAAGCAGAUAUAAUACUUGAAUGUGCUAAACGGGUAGAAUUUCUUGGACAUGAAUGCAUGAAAUCAGGCAAUUUGGAUGAAUUUGAAUUGGACAUAACCAUUUCUCAGAAUGAAGUUUCUAUGGAAAUAUGGUCAUUAGCUGGAUCUGUUGUUGAAGCUAUUUUCACAAACUUUGCUGUGCUUUACGGAAACAACUUCUGUAAUCUCCUUGGCAAGACUGCAUUCAUACCUGCUGAACUGGGCUUACCAAAUUUUGGAGGCAAAAAAGGUGGCAAGAGAGUGCUCACUUCAUAUAGUGAAGCUAUUCUGUCAAAAGAUUGGCCUCUGGCCUGGAGUUCUGUGCCCAUUCUCUCGAAACAAGCUGUUGUUCCUCCAGAGUACGCAUGGGGAGCACUCCACCUGAAAAGCCCUCCGGCUUUUUCUACAGUUCUAAAACAUUUGCAGAUUAUUGGAAGAAACGGCGGUGAAGACACUCUUACUCACUGGCCAGCUACAUCUGGAGUGAUGAGUAUUGAUGAAGCCUGUUGUGAGGUUUUGAAAUAUCUGGAUAAGGUUUGGGGUUCCCUUUCUUCUUCAGAUGUAAAGGAGUUGCAGAAAGUGGCAUUUCUGCCUGCUGCAAAUGGAACACGUUUGGUGACAGCAAGCUCUCUUUUUGUGCGUCUGACAAUUAACUUGUCUCCAUUUGCAUUUGAACUUCCUUCUUUAUAUCUCCCUUUUGUGAAGAUUCUCAAGGACUUGGGGCUUCAGGAAGUUCUAUCAGUUGUUUCUGCAAAGGAUAUACUUCUAAAUCUUCAGAAAGCUUGUGGAUAUCAACGUUUAAAUCCAAAUGAACUCCGUGCAGUGAUGGAAAUUUUGUAUUUUGUCUGUGAUGAGACUGUCGAGUCUGAUAGGUCCAUUUUGAAAUCAGAAGCAAUAAUCCCAGAUGAUGGUUGCAGACUUGUUCAUGCGAAAUCCUGUGUGUAUAUUGAUGCUUUUGGCUCCCGAUAUAUCAAAUGCAUUGACACAUCAAGAUUAAGAUUUAUUCACCCUCAUCUUCCCGAGAGAAUAUGUGUAGUUCUCGGUAUCAAAAAGCUAUCUGAUGCAGUCAUAGAGGAACUAGAUCCUGGAGAGCAUUUACAGCCCAUGGAAUGCAUUGGAUCAGUUCCUCUUGGAGCCAUCAAGGAGAAGCUUUCAAGCAGAUCACUGCAGGGUGCUGUACAUACCAUUGUAAAUAGUAUGCUGAGUCGCAUUCCUGCAGUUGGUAAUCUAGCUUUAGAAAAUGUACAAGUUGUUCUAGAAUCUGUAGCAGAGAAGUUGCAGUUUGUUAAGUGCCUCCAUACUCGUCUUUUGCUGCUCCCAAACUCCGUAGACAUUACACGCGCAGCUAAGAAUUCCCUUAUUCCAGAAUGGGAGGAUGGAUCCCAACACCGAACUCUUUACUUUGUUAGCAAGUCAAAUGCCUGUUUUCUAGUUGCUGAACCACCAUCCUAUAUUUCCGUUUCUGAUGUUAUUGCAAUUGUCGUGAGCCAGGUUUUAGGCUCCCCAACACCAUUACCAAUAGGAUCUUUAUUUUCCUGUCCUGAAGGCUGCGAGGCUGCAAUUAUUGACAUUUUUAAGCUUUGUACUGACAAAAGAGAACCCACAGAUGGAAGCACUAGUGUGCUAGGCACAGAAAUAUUGCCUCAAGAUGCUCGACAAGUACAAUUUCACCCAUUAAGGCCCUUUUAUGCGGGAGAAAUAGUUGCUUGGCGGUCUCAGAAUGGAGAAAAGCUGAAAUAUGGUAGGGUACCAGAGGAUGUUAGACCAUCUGCCGGCCAAGCACUCUAUAGAUUCAAAGUGGAAAUUGCUCCAGGACGGAUUCAGCCACUUAUUUCUUCACAAGUUUUCUCGUUCAGGAGCAUAUCAAGUGGCAAUGAAGCUUCCAUGGCAACUUUUGUGGAUAAUAUUCACCCCGCAGUUGAUGGCAGCAUACAUGUUGAGGUGCCUGAAAGUUCUGGUGGGGACAAAACAAGAUCUUCUCAGCUGCAGCCUGGUAAAGAGCUUCAAUAUGGCAGAGUCUCAGCUGCAGAAUUGGUGCAAGCGGUUCGUGAGAUUCUUUCUUCAGCUGGGAUCAAUAUGGAUAUGGAGCAGCAGUCCCUACUAGGGAGAGCUGUAACCUUGCAAGAACAGUUACAGGAGUCCCAGGCAGCACUCUUGCUUGAGCAGGAAAAGGCUGAUGUUGCCGCAAAAGAAGCUGAGACAGCAAAGGCAGCAUGGCUUUGUCGUGUCUGUUUGAGUGCCGAAGUCGAUAUGACAAUUGUUCCUUGUGGCCACAUACUUUGUCGCAGAUGCUCUUCUGCUGUUUCCAGUUGUCCCUUUUGUCGGUUCCAGGUCAAAAGAUUAAUGAAGAUUUAUCGGCCAUGAGAACUGAUGCUUUGAAGGGGGAUUCUUUGGUGUAGUUGUUUUGGUGAGAACUAUCGGCCAUGAGAACUGAUGCUUUGGUGACAAAAAAUAAAGGAAUCUUCUUGCUUAGUUUUAAGUAGAAGGGCCGAAAUUGUUCGGGGCAGUUGAUUUUGGAAGAGAAUGAAAGAAAAGAGAAAUUUAUAGGGGUGUUUUCUGGCAUUAUCAGUUCCACACACCCCCUCCCCCCCUUCUCUUGCAUAUGCUUAAUUUGUCAAUGUACAGAGAAAAACUGUAAAUUGAUUCUUCUACAGUUAUAUUUAUCCUGAUACUUUGUUGGUAGUAUCAGCUGCAGUCACCAGGUAAUAUAAGAUGCAUGCCAGACAACCUGUAGAGGCUCCCCUUUUUAAAUUGGGAAGCGUCAAUACACCAGGAGUUCUCAGGGCCAGAUUUCUUCAUUUGGAGAGAGGCUUUAAAAAGCCUGCACUUCCUCUCAUGCAAGGAUGGAUCCGUAACGACGCAUCCUGUUGUUGGGAAGGAAUCAUGCAAACGAGGAAUCUCCUUUGUAAGGGCGUUUCCUUCUCGGUCAGAAAUGUGAAUUCUGAUUACUAAAUAAGAAAAAUUCUAUCUAUCUCUACACCAUACACUUCCUAAGAGUGGUGUAGGGAUAAUGAGUAGAAGAACUCUUAAAGAAA